CCCAGGACCCUGCAUUCACUAUAUCUGGUCUCCCACAGUACACAGAACAUGGAAAUGCAAUUAUUUUAGUGAAUAUAAACUGCUAAAUACUUUUUCUCAUCAACGGUUAGAGCAGUCUUGUGACUUCUAUCAGUGUCCAGCUGAGCACUGGUUACAGCUUGUAGGAAGAAUUUUGCUCCAUUUUGCUCUAGGAGGAUGCAAAAUCCCUGACCCUCUGUCUGGACAGUUCUGGUUGGCCCAGUGCUGAUCACAUGCACUCUCCCAACAAAAAAAAACCCCUCUCUAGCAAUACACACCAAACUGAGCAUGUGCAGAGUGUCUCCACACAUAUGUCUUAUCAGCAGAUAAGAGGGGGACACUGGAAGAAGGGGAGAAUCAGAGAAGAGAGGCUCAAACUUCCUUUUUACACAAUGCAGAGGAUUAACCCCUUAGGUUCUACAGUGAGUAUAACA